CACAUCCUUUUUUAGGGAGGAUGUCGUACCUGAAAGCAGUGAUCCCCUGGAACGUGCUUUGCCUACCCUUGCUGAUCCUUUCGGUGGCCUUGGUGCAAGAAGUGUCUUCUGAAGCACUCUCCUGUAGAGGACGUUGCUUUGAAACCUUCGAAAGAGGAAGAGUGUGUGAUUGCGAUGCCGACUGUGAAAGAUAUGGCAAGUGCUGCCCAGACUACGCAGGUCAUUGUAAAGAGGCGCUGGCAACAGAGCCACCACCCGGGAUUCCUCCUCCAGGAAACAAAUCAACAUCUAAGCGGUCAUCCAAAAAUGAGGAAGAGAAGCCAGAGAAAGUGACACAACCCCCUGAAGUUCUGGAAGAGACAACCCCUGCAGCCACCGAGGCAGCCACGACCACAACUGAUACGCCAACCACCCCUAAACAAGAGAAGACUACCCCUGAGGCCACCGAGGCUGCAUCAACCACGACUGAGCCUCCCACCACCCCUAAAAAAGAAGAGACAACUCCUGCAGCCACGACCACUUCUGCAGCCAUGACCACAACAGAGCCUCCCACCACCCCUAAGAAAGAGACAACCCCAGCAGCCACAACCACGACCGAGCCUCCCACCACCCCUAAAAAAGAAGAGACAUCUCCUGCAGCCACAACCACAACAGAGCCUCCCACCACUCCCAAAAAAGAAGAGACAACCCCAGCAGCCACGACCACGAGCGAGCCUCCCACCACCCCUAAAAAAGAAGAGACAACCUCUGCAGCCAUGACUGAGCCUCCCACAACCCCCCAAAAUGAAAAGACUACUCCUGCAGCCACCGAGGAAGCAACAACUGAGGCAGAACCUCCAACCACUCUGGAAAACGAAGAGACUACUGCAGCAACAGAGGAAGUAACGACAGAGGAAGACUUUUCCGCUGCCCCCGAAAAUGAAGAGACUACUGCUGUGGCCACCGAGGAAGCAACAACCGAGGCAGAUGCUCCCACCACCCCUAAAGACAAAGAGACUACUCCAGGGGCCACGACCAAGGCAGAUGCUCCCACCACCCCUGAAAAUGAAGAAACUACUCCUGCAACCACAGAGGCAGCCACGACCAAGGCAGAUGCUCCCACCACCCCUAAAGAUAAAGAAACUACUCCAGCGGCCACCGAGGUGGCCACGACCAAGGCAGAUGCUCCCACCACCCCUAAAGACAAAGAAACUACUCCAGGGGCCACCGAGGCGGCCACGACCAAGGCAGAUGCUCCCACCACCCCUAAAGACAAAGAGACUACUCCAGCGGCCACGACCCAGGCAGAUGCUCCCACCACCCCUACAGACAAAGAGACUACUCCAGCGGCCACUGAGGCAGCCAUGACCAAGGCAGAUGCUCCCACCACCCCUACAGACAAAGAGACUACUCCAGCGGCCACCGAGGCGGCCACGACCAAGGCAGAUGCUCCCACCACCCCUAAAGACAAAGAAACUACUCCAGCGGCCACCGAGGCGGCCACGACCAAGGCAGAUGCUCCCACCACCCCUAAGGACAAAGAGACUACUCCAGCGGCCACCGAGGCAGCCACGACCGAGGCAGAUGCUCCCACCACCCCUACAGACAAAGAGACUACUCCAGCGGCCACCGAGGCGGCCGCGACCAAGGCAGAUGCUCCCACCACCCCAAAAGACAAAGAAACUACUCCUGCAGCCACCGAGGCAGCCACGACCAAGGCAGAUGCUCCCACCACCCCUAAAGAUAAAGAAACUACUCCAGGGGCCACAACCAAGGCAGAUGCUCCCACCACCCCUAAAGAUAAAGAAACUACUCCUGCAGCCACCGAGGCAGCCACGACCAAGGCAGAUGCUCCCAUCACCCCUAAAGACAAAGAGACUACUCCAGCAGCCACCGAGGCGGCCACGACCAAGGCAGAUGCUCCCACCACCCCUAAAGAUAAAGAAACUACUCCUGCAACCACAGAGGCAGCCACGACCAAGGCAGAUGCUCCCACCACCCCUAAAGACAAAGAGACUACUCCAGCAGCCACCGAGGCGGCCACGACCAAGGCAGAUGCUCCCACCACCCCAAAAGACAAAGAGACUACUCCAGCGGCCACCGAGGCGGCCACGACCAAGGCAGAUGCUCCCACCACCCCUAAAGACAAAGAAACUACUCCAGCGGCCACUGAGGCAGCCACGACCAAGGCAGAUGCUCCCACCACUCCUAAAGACAAAGAAACUACUCCUGCAGCCAGCGAGGCAGCCACGACCAAGGCAGAUGCUCCCACCACCCCUAAAGAUAAAGAAACUACUCCAGAGGCCACGACCAAGGCAGAUGCUGCCACCACCCCUACAGACAAAGAAACUACUCCUGCAGCCACAGAGGCAGCCACGACCAAGGCAGAUGCUCCCACCACCCCUAAAAAUAAAGAAACUACUCCUGCAGCCACAGAGGCAGCCACGACCAAGGCAGAUGCUCCCACCACCCCUAAGGACAAAGAGACUACUCCAGCGGCCACGACCAAGGCAGAUGCUCCCACCACCCCUAAAGAUAAAGAAACUACUCCAGCGGCCACUGAGGCAGCCACGACCAAGGCAGAUGCUCCCACCACCCCUACAGACAAAGAGACUACUCCAGCGGCCACUGAGGCAGCCACGACCAAGGCAGAUGCUCCCACCACCCCUACAGACAAAGAGACUACUCCAGCGGCCACAGAGGCAGCCAUGACCAAGGCAGAUGCUGCCACCACCCCUAAAGACAAAGGGACUACUCCAGCGGCCACUGAGGCGGCCACAACCAAGGCAGAUGCUCCCAUCACCCCUAAAGACAAAGAGUCUACUCCAGCGGCGACCGAGGCAGCCACGACCCAGGCAGAUGCUCCCACCACCCCUAAAGACAAAGAAACUACUCCAGCGGCCACUGAGGCAACUAAAAAAGUUACAACUCUUGCAGCAAAAGUGGCGACCACCACACCUGAAGAUGACAUGACCACAGCAGGACAAAAGACAGUGACAACAACAGCUAAAACUACUGUAUCUAAAGAGCCCAUAAUUUCUGACAAGGCAGACACAGCAACCACUGCAGAUGAAGAAAGCAUAAUGACCACCACAACAGCAACUACCACCGGUAAAGACACCACCACAAGAGCCAAAGAGACAAUAACGACAGUUAAACCAGACACAACUACUACAGACAAAGAGAUUGUAACAGUAACAGAUAAAAAAGCCAGUACAACAGCUAAAACAGUUAGGAGUCCAGUAACCACACAGACAACAAGGAAAAAAGAAACCACCACAGCGAGCAAAGAGAUAGCAACAACAGCUAAGAAAGACAAAACCACUGCAGUUAAAGAGUCUGUGGUGAUGACGGCCAAACCAGAUGAAUCUCCUGCAAGUAAAGGCAAUACUCCAGAUACAACUCCUGCAGCCAAAGAAGCUGUAACCACGCCAGCUACAGUAGAAGCAACUACAGUGGGCAAGAAGAUUGUAACAACAGCUAAAGGAAAAGAAACAGCCACAGCUAGACAAGAUAAAACACCCACGCCAAAAGAGACGUUGACAUCAACAGCUAAAAAAGAAAAGCAUCCAGUGGACACAGCGACUGUAACAACAACGGUGGCUAAAAAGCAUACGACUCCCAUGCCUAAGCCCAUUGCGUUGACCACAGCUCCCCAAACCGUGGGGACUCCGACAACCACCACAAGAGCUGCAGCAAAGGGCCCCACAGCCGCCGCUCCGGUUGAGGAGAGCACCGUUAUGGACAAAGAAACGACGACUCUCAGCAAAGGUACAGCCGCUGCCACCAGUAAAGGGACGACGACGGCUAACAAAAGAGAGACAACCACCAAAAAAACUACUGCCACGACUGAAAACAAACUGGAAGAUGCCACAACCACAGCAGGUAAGAGGGUCACGGUAAAAGAAAUGUUGAUCGUUUCUAAAGGGACAGCCAAGCCAGCUGUGGUUUCGCGGGCGACCACGGACACAAGAGACGAGCCUCUGACCUCCAGCCCCCAACCUCUGCCAGUAAAAGAGGAGCCUCAAAGAAACGUUAAGCCUUUAAUACAGACUGGGGACUCGCCAGCUUUGACGGGAGCCACGCAAGGCAGUUGCGUCCCGGGAGGCACCGAGGCACCGAGGACCCCCCCGGAGAGCAGCCCUGGAAGAGGGUCAGCAGGCCAAGCCCCCGCGAGGCCUUUCCAGCCCGCGCCGGGAGACAGCGGCGCUCCCGCCCCGGCGCCCGACCGUCACCGCGGGGCUGCCGCUCCUGGCAUCGUCACCGUUGCACAUAUAGCAGAGGAGAAGAACCUGUGCAACGGGAAGCCGGCGGACGGCAUGGUGGCUCUGCCCAACGGGACGCUGGCCGUCUUCCGAGGUCACUACUACUGGCUGCUCAACGGCCGGAGCCCGCCCACGACCGAGCCGCGUCGCAUCAUCGACGGCUGGGGCAUCCCUUCCCCCAUCAACACCGUCUUCUCCAGGUGCAACUGCGACGGCAAAACCUUCUUCAUCAAGGAUUCUCUCUACUGGCGGUUCACGAACAGCGUGAUGGAUAACGGCUAUCCCAAACCUCUCACCAGAGGAUUUGCGGGGCUAAGUGGGAAAAUAAUAGCAGCCCUGCCCGUGGCGAGAUACAACAACAGACCCGAAUCGGUGUAUUUUAUCAAAACAGGUGGCAAAAUACAGCAAUACAUAUACAAACAAGAACCAGCCAAGAAAUGCAAAAAGAAAGCCCGGGUUACCAUAAAAUACCCAGCCUUUGUCCCAAGACUUGUAAUAAGGAGACGCUUUCAACGUGCAGUGAGAUUGCAGGCUUUUCAGACUGUCAGAAUCAAUCCAUAUCCAUCUGAAAUUUUACGUAAGGAAGUUAAAAUCACUGCCUACUGGAGAGGACUCCCAAAAGUAAUUCACUCAACCCUAUCAGUACCAAACUACAAUAAACCAGAUGGCUAUGAUUAUUACGCCUUCUCCAACAAUCAGUACUACAGUUUGGAUGUGGGCAGCAAAACAGCAACAUCUGUUACUUAUCUCACUGGAAAGACGGUAUCCAAGGACUGGUACAACUGUCCUAAGUGAUGCAUACCACAGGAUUCUUUUUAAAAAAAUAUGCCAUUUUAAUGUUGACAGUUUGUCUAAUUUUAUUAAUAAAGACAUUGAAUCGUG